AUGGCCAGCUGCAUCAAUGAUAAUUGCGUCGCAGUCCGGCCUGCCGUCUACGUGAACCUCCGCAAAUGGCCGGAAUUCGAUACAGAGUUUGGGAGAUCAGGGAGCUACAAGGGCAGCUGGCUGGGUGUGCAUGGGCACCCUAGGGUUGUGGAUAGCAGAUCAUGCAGACAAAUGUACCUAAGGAGCUACAAGUUCUCAAGAAAAGAAAGUGUUCCUGAGAAGACCAAGAAGUGUAUAGGCAAAGUUAGAGAGAGAAUCAAGAAUAGAAGAUCAAGAAAGAGAUCAUCAUCAUCAUCAUCUUCUUCCUUCUCAAAAACUAGCAAAAGCAAGAACAGAAGCUCUGGUAAAAGAGAGUCUUUAAGGAGGGUGUCAUGUGCGGCUUUGAUGUCUAUGUUCAAGAGAUUGUUAUCUUGCACGACCAAGGUUGAUGUUGCUGAACAUAGAGAUCCAUAA